UUACCCCCAGGCGGUCUGUGCCAGGCGCACCAGGUGUACAUUUCACGCGAGAGAUCUUUUCAUAGCGAGGAGAAAUACCCUGUGUAACCGUGUUGCUUUGCAUGUCUCUUAAUUUGAGAAGCUUUCUAAAUAACUACCAAGGACCGAAGGUUUAUACCACUGUCUAUAUCGGUUACUUUCGUGCAUGUUUUUUAAACUGGAUUCCCUUUCCUGACAAUUCCUUAUUUGAAGGAACCCAGUUGUUUGCAUUUUGCCAAGAUGAGCUGUUUUAGAGCCGCUGUUGGAGCUGCGUUUGUCCUUACGGUUGUACAAACCUGUUGCUGUCAAACUGCAGGAGACUGCUCUCAGCUGAUGUCCUGCACUGACUGUAUCAGUGGUGACUCCUCGAUGAACAUCACAGGCUGUGUGUGGAGACAGUGUGAUAAUGGCAAUGACACUGGCUGUGUGGCCAGCAGUGAGGAAUCUCAGGGCUGCUCGUUGUACAAUGACACUGCUAUGUGCAUCGCUCCAGGAAGCACAGUCCCCAGCAGCAGCACUGAUGGUCCAUCUCCCACAGAACCCGUGCCAGUGUAUAAACAGGCGAACUUCGACCUCUCCAGCUUUAUCGGGGGGAUCAUCUUGGUGCUGGGGGCUCAGGCGGGCAUAUUCUUCAUCAUGAAGUUCGUGAAGUCCAGGGACAGCACCUAUGAGACACUGCAAGAUCAAAUCGCCGGAUGGCCCAGAAAAGGGAUCAUGUCAUCCUUUUCCUGUGUCGUGUCACUCUCACAACAAACGGCCAGUGACUCUAACAGCAUGUACACAGGAUCCAGAAAGUAGGAAGAGUCUGUAGAUCGUACACAACGAACAACCCAGGAUUCCCUCAGUGCAGUGUUUCCGGACCUGUUUGGAAGCUGUUAAUGAAGAAAGGCUGAGCCCUCAGCCUCAUCUCUCCUCCUGAUUUCUCUCCAGCUGUGUCGUACUGGGAGAGUGCUUUCCUUCUGGAUCUGAACUCCUUUGUUGCCACAGGAGCCUAGUGCCUUACCAGCCGAGCACCCUAUUUUGGGUGUCACUGAAGGGGGCCCUCCCACUGAUGGGCGGCCUUCUGUAGGGUUCACAUUGUCACGUAAAGUCAUGAAUGUUGUAAAAUUAUUUUCUGUGCCUGCACUUCUUUGUAGCAAACUGAGAAAAAACACAGACUGUAAGGCUUUCUUUACCUGAUCACUUCAUAAAGUCAUAUUAAGGCAUCCCCAGUAAAUAGAAAAUAUCUGUCUGAGCUUAAAAGAUUUAAUAUUUUGAUUUGUGCCUGUUUUCUGUUGUUAAGAAUGUUAUUUUUGCAUCUUUUUGAUUAAGAUCAUACAAACUGUGGCACUAGUCAUCUUAUGUUGGAAUUUUAUCUGAACAUUCUUUCAAAUCUAACUGAUUAUUAUUUUUUACUUUUCAAGGUAUGACUUUUCUUGUAGUCAUGGAAAAUCACAGAUUUUCAUUUUGCUUGUUAUGUGUGAACUCUGGUUUCAUCAGAAUCUUUAACAUGGAUGACCCAGACUUAAGACUUCCAUGUCUUGGGAAGGCAUGGUCAAUAGGGAUUAAGCAUAAUCACGGGAAGACAGUUUAUCCGAGAUCGUGAUUUUGAUCUUACCCUUUACCUUUUUUGACCUAUGGGGAAAGAAAUUCUGUGUAGCUCAGGGAAUGUUUGACUUGAACUCGCGUCUCCUGGGUAAGGAAGGCACCCAACACAUCACUCACUGGGAUGAUCAACAUGGCCUGACCAUCUCUUUUUCUCUUAAAAAGUGUGUAAUGAAUCAGUUAAUAGUGGUGCUCAUAGGUAUAUUAGCUGUAAAUCAGUGCUGCAUAACAUUCCUAGAAAAGAUCUGAGUCUCUUUUUUAUGUCACUUUUAACCAUCUGCAGCUUAAGACCUGAAAGAAGGUACUUGUAAGCUAAGUUAUUAAGUCGAUAAUAAUCAAGAGCACUGGCCACUAUUGCACUUUACUAAAAAUGAAGAUUAUGUAUUUAUGCAAGACAGCCAAACUCUCAAAUGAUAGCAUUCCAUUCAGAAAUCACCAAACCUCUUCAAAAGUAAGCAAAACAGUAAGUUCUUAACCUUGCGGCCUUUCAGAUAUAAUAUAUAAAAGGUAUACAAUCAGAAAUACAUUUUGUAGUUUUGAUGGAUGUCAGUCCACAAAUGUUGCUGGUUUUUUUUAAAUACACAGCUGAAAGUUGCCUUCAGUCUUGAUGUUAUUUUUCCAGUUGAUCUUAUUCUAUGAAGAUAUUUGAGAAAUACACACAAAACUCGUUAAAUCUGUGACAGUUAAGUGCAUUAAGAAUAAAGGGGUGUUCUGAGUCUGUGCAGGGAAGAAGGUUGGUUGGUAUAGAAAUGUAACGUUUUAAAAUAAAGAUUUACAGACAUAGUUUUUCCACAUAAAACAUUUAAAAGCUAUGCUGCCAUGCCAUUUCUAUUAAAGCAGGAACUCCACACAGUGAAGUUUGAAAGUUCCCAUGUAGGAAAUGGAGAAAUCCAGGACAUGCCCCUUGUCCUGCGUGGGUCACCCCCACUCUCUCUUGGGAUGUGAGCAAGUUAAAUCGGAUGUUCCUUCUUGAGUAGCUUUGUAACUUUGCAAUGGUAACGCACACAUUCAGUGAAGUGUACGGUGCUUAUGUUUUAUCGAUUUUCCGUUUUUGCGUUGCUUUCUUUUAAAUACAGCUUAUAAGACUGGAUGGGCAUAUUUUCAGCCCUAGGGUUCUUAAUAUAUUUUGGGACAGGAAAGUGUUAGAAUUGGACCUGCUAUAAGAUCUGCCAUACCUACUGUAUGUGCUCUUCUCUAAUUUUACAUUUGAACGUGUACCAUGGCUAAUACUGUAGUAGUAGCAGGACGUAUGACGCCAAAUGCACAUGCAUAAAGGUACAAGAAUCAGAGUCCACACUGCUUUUCUGGCUUUGCUGUUUCUCCCUCCUCUGUCUAAAAACUGCUACUGCCCUUGACCAACCAUCUUUUCUAACUGCAUCCAAUAGAGCGUCAGGGGGGAGCUGGAGCCUAUCCUGGCAAGCACCGGGUGUGAGGCCUAUACCCUGGAUGGGACGCCAGUCCAUCACAGGGCACACACAGACACGUACACACCCACACUUGAUCACGUGUUAGGGGUAUCUGCAAGCAGGCAAUGCAGAGGACUGCCGAUAUGCAAAUAAUAUGUUAAAGCUUUUCAUCAGCUCAACAGUGGAACACAUUCAGUCUGUAGAGGAUGGCUCUAGUGACUAAAAGCAAGCUGUCUUCAGCAGUUUGUAUUUGUAUUUCUUCACUAAAACUAAAGAUUGUGAGUACGGCUACUUGUGGUAUCCUAUUACAACUGUUUCCUCACAUCCACUGUGUGUUUUGCUUUGACUUGUUUUGUUUUUGACUGAUUUACUUAAAAACGUAACUUUAAACUACUGUACAACUAUUACAUUACCUCUGCUUACAGAGAAGUGAGUUGAAGUUUAAACUGAUGAAACAGUUUCUAUCUCUGUGUUCUACAGAUAAUUAAAUGACAUUAUAUUGGCAAGUUAAAAUUCAGUAACUGUAUAAUAGACACUAAAAAAUGUAUGGUCAGGCGGGAGGAUUAAAGCUGUUUAGUGCAUGAGAUUUGUGUUUUCUUUCUGUGAGUAAUCAAUAAAAACAUGUACUUUUAACAUCUGAA